GCCUGGUGAAUGGGAUGGUUGAGGAAUCAGGGGACCUCCCAACUAGAUAACUCCAUUCUGUGAGGUUGUGACCAAGGUCAACAACUCACCCAAAGUUAGCUUGUGCAUUCAAAGGCUUUACUUUAUCUUCUGUUGAAAGCUAGAGUGAAGUAGCCACCAUGAAUUAUCAGUCAUUAGGUAGCUUGUCUCGCUCAGGAAGUUUAAGGUCAUCAGCUAGAGCUGGGGGUGGUGGAACUUUUAGUAGUUUUUCAUCCAUGAGCAUGUCAUCCCGAGGAAGGAGUAUGGGGAUGGGGUCAGGGAUUGGGAGUGGGUUUUCUGGAGCAAGCUUCAGUGGAGGCUCUUCUUCACUCAGAGUGUCAGGAGGUGUGACUGGUAAUGAGAAAGAGACCAUGAUUGGCCUAAACAAUAGGCUGUCCACUUAUCUGGAGCAGGUAAAGAAUCUGGAAAAAACAAACACAGAGUUGGAACUCCAGUUGAAAGAGAUCCAAGUUGGCUCAGCUUUAACAACAAUUGACUAUUCUGCCUAUGAUCAAAUAAUCAAGCCCCUUAGAGAACAGAUCUUGCAAAUUCACCUUGGAAACGCACGGCUGGCUCUGGACCUUGACAAUGCAGCUCUGGCUGCAAGGGACUUUCAAACUAAAUAUGAAAAUGAGCUUAACACCAGACAAUCGGUGGAAGCUGAUAUUGCUGACCUCAAAGGAAUGAAGGAGGAAUAUAUACACAACUGUAAAGAAUUGGAAAGUGACCUAACUGGUGCUCAAGAAGAGCUGGUGUAUCUGAAAAAGGACCAUGAGGAGCAACUGGCUGAAUUGAGAAAGCAGAUCACUGGGACUGUCAGUGUGUCUGUGGAAGCUGCUUCUGCUCCUGACCUGAGCAAGAUGCUGGAAGAACUGCGAUUAAGCUAUGAAACAAUGUGCAAGAAGAAUAAAGAUGAAAUGGACAGCUGGUACAGUGCUCAGAUUGACAAACAAACGACUCUGACUGUUCAAGUCAAUGAGGCUGCGGAAAGUGCAAAACUCCAGCUUAAGGAAUUACGCCAACAGCUUCAAACUCUUCAGGCUGAGUACGACUCCCUGUUAAGUGCGAAUGCCUCCUUAGCGAACAGCAUUGAUGAAAUUAAUGAUUCCUAUGCUAAGCAACUUGGCAGUUUGAAGAUGACCAUUUCUAAUCUCCAAAUGGAGUUAACCAAUCUGAGGAAUGACAUCGUAAAGAAAGCUAAAGAAUAUGAAGAUCUUAUUAACAUAAAGAUGCAACUUCAGAUGGAAAUUGCCAAAUACAGAGAACUCCUUGGUGACACAAGUACCAGCACUAUUAUUACGGGUGGACAAGAGACGUCUGGGGUAACGACAACCGUGACAAGGAUUGAAACAAAACGUACAUUCUAACAACGUUCCAACACAAAUAUUGCAACGUUGGGUUGAGCUUGGUCGUGCAUUCUGCUUCAAUUUGGACAACAGGCUAUGCCACUGAUCUAUGUUGUAGCUUCUCCGAACCUUAUGUACUUACUAACUUGCUCAGACAUGUAAUGGCUGGGAUUUCCCUUGUCGCUUUGGAUGGCAGCUUAUGUUCAUUGUCAAAGCUCUAACUCUGAUUGUAAUGGACAAUGUAUGCAAUGGAGAUGGUGCAGGGGAGCAGGGGCAAUAAAAUUAAUAAAGCAUUUGACAGCA